GGGCAGAACUGGAGGGGCUGCCAGGGCCCCAACCUCCCGAGGGGCCACGGAGGGAAAGCUUCGCCUUCCGGGAGGCUUCGGCCUCAGGGGGUCAGCAGAGGCCGAGGGGGGCCACAUAUUCAGGGGGGGUCCUGGAGGGGAUUCCCCCCCUGCAGAUGGGCAAAGGGGGCUUUGGGGGGGUCAGGAGCUGCAGGGAGGAGCCUGGCCGGAGCCCCCCAGGAGGAAGCGGAGCCCCUUCAGCCCCGCCUGCCUGGGGGCCCCCCAACCCCCCCCGCCUUGCCGAGGGAAGGACCCUGGAUGGGGGAGGGGAGGGAGGGGGAGGGUCGCAGCCCCACAAAGGCCUCGGACCUCCGCCUGCCUGAAUCCGGGGCGGGGAGGCGGGAGAACAGCGGACCCCCAAAUUCAAGGGGAGCCCCCCGCCUCAGCUCCGCCCGGGACCAGAACAACCCUCGGAACCGCGCAGGCGCCCUCUGGCUCGUUGGGGGAAGGCGGACGCCGAUUGGUCGCUCUGGGGAGGGCGGCGAUUGGCAGGAGGACUCCUUGGGGCGGUUCCUCCACAGGAAGAGGCGGAACGUCUGGAAGAAAAAAGGCCGCGAAGCCUCCACUUCCGGAAACGAAACGGGCAUCGAGGGAAGCGGCCUGAAUCGGCGAAAGAAAAACCCGGAUGUUGCAGAAGGACGGAGGAGCCCGGCGGGGGAAGGAAGGAAGCGCCGCCCGAGAGGAGGAGGAGGAGAGCGGGCCCCGCGGAGCAGCCCUGCCCGGUCCCGGCGCGGCUUCCCCGGGAGACGGCGGGGAAAGGCCGGGGGGCUCCGGGGCUGCCGGAGGGAUGAGCCCAGGGGAAGCCCGGGAAAGGGGGCUGUCUGGAGGGCGAUGCGGGGAGGAGGAAACGGGCGGAGACCCCGAGACGGUCCUGGAGGGCGGAGGCUCCUUCGGAAGACCUGGGAGGCCGCAAAGAAUCCAGGCGGGUGGAAAGGAACAUCAGUGCCCAGAAUGUGGAAAGUCCUUCAAAAGAAAUGUAGAUCUUCAGAGUCAUCGAAGGAUCCACACACGAGAGAAACUGUAUAAAUGCCUGGAGUGUGGAAAGAGCUUCAAUUGGAGCAGCGGCCUUUAUAGACAUCAAAAGAUCCACACAGGAGAAAAACCUCAUAAAUGCCUGGAAUGUGGAAAGCGCUUCAGUCAGAGCAGCAACCUUUAUGCGCAUCAAAGGAUCCACUUUGGAGAGAAACUGAAUAAAUGCCUGGAGGACGGACAGGCCUUCAGAAGACACGGGAAUCCCCAAAGGAUUCAGGAGGGAGGAAAGAAAUAUCAGUGCCGAGAAUGUGGAAAAAACCUUCAAAAGAAAUGUAGAUCUUCAAAGGCAUCUAAGGAUUCACUCAGGAGAAAAACCUUAUACAUGCUUGGAGUGUGGAAAGAACUUCAGUUGGAGCAGCCACCUUUUUAUACAUCAAAGGAUCCACAUGGGAGAAAAACCUCAUAAAUGCCUUGAAUGUGGAAAGAGCUUCAGUCAGAGCAGCAACCUUUAUGCGCAUCAAAGGAUCCACUUGGGAGAGAAACUGAAUAAAUGCCUGGAGGAUGGAUGGGCCUUCGGAAGACGCAGGAAUUCCCAAAGGAUUCAGGAAAGAGGAAAGAAAUAUCAGUGCCCAGAAUGUGAAAAAUCCUUCAAAAGAAAUUACUAUCUUAAAAGCCAUCUAAGGAUCCACUCAGGAGAAAAACCUUAUAAAUGCUUUGAGUGUGGAAAGAGCUUCAGUUGGAACAGCAGCCUUUAUAAACAUGAAAGGAUCCACUCAGGAGAGAAACCCUAUAAAUGCCUGGAAUGUGGAAAGAGCUUCAGUUGGAACAGCAGCCUUUAUAAACAUGAAAGGAUCCACUCAGGAGAAAAAACAUAUAAAUGCCUGGAGUGUGGAAAGAGCUUCAGUUGGAACAGCAGCCUUUAUAAACAUGAAAGGAUCCACUCAGGAGAAAAACCAUAUAAAUGCCUGGAGUGUGGAAAGAGCUUCAGUUGGAACAGCAGCCUUUAUAAACAUGAAAGGAUCCACUCAGGAGAGAAACCCUAUAAAUGCCUAGAAUGUGGAAAGGCUUUCAAGAGGAAAGGAACUCUAUAGACAUCAAAGGAUUCAUACAGGAGAAAAAAAAACAUGAAUGUCUGGAGUGUGGGGAGAGUUUCCCUUCAAACCAGCAUCUUUAUUCACAUGAAGUAAUCCACACAAGGAAAACCAUAUGAAUGCCUUGAUUGUGGAAAGAGCUUUACUGAUGGUGGACACCACCAACAUCAAAGGAUUCACAUGGGGCGGUGGGGAGGAAAUGCUACAUAUGCCUGAGUGUGCAAAGCAAUAGAAUAAUGAUAGCAGAAUAACAGCGGUGGAAGGGACCUUGGAGGCGUUCGAGUCCAACCUCCUGCUCAAGCAGGAGACCCUCUACAAUUUGAAACAACUGGCUAUUCCCAAAAACAUCUAGUGAUGAAGCACCCACAACUUCUGAAGGCAAGCUGUUCCAUAUUGGAACAGUGCUAUUGUGUCACCCCUUGUCCUCCUUAUCUCUAGACUAGCCAUAUCCCGUUUCCCCCAACCGUUCUUCAUAUGCUUGAGUCUGCAGCCCCUUAAUCAUUCUAGUUGCUCUUCUUUGCACUUUUUCCAAAGUCUCAACAACUUUUUGUAAUGGGACCAAAAUUGAAUGCAGUAUUCAGGCGUGGCCUUACUAAGAGUUUCAAUCGUACAUGCUAGGCAUUUCAACAGGCUGAAAUUGUACCUUUUCACAACAGAUUUAUGUGAUUCCUUUUCCCAUGCAAACGUUCUUUUAACACGAUGCCCUUUUCCAUGGUUAUGCUUAAUAUCAUAGCUUGUUUUACAGUCCAUGUCUCUGAUGUAACUGAGCAAGAUUUCUUCCAUCCAAUUAAUUGUUUUGUACUGCUACUGUAUGGAGUGUAAAAUGAAACCUGAGCCUGUC